GAUUUGAAAAGAAACAACACUGAAGUUAAUGACAGAUCCCGUUCAGAAAAUGUGGGCAAACUGUGCGAAACAAAUUGCGUGUUUUAUGCGUCCAUGAGGUGAAUAUUUGAAAAUGAAUGAUGAACUUGUAUUAGAGAGAGUAAAGGUUGAUUGCCAUGGAGGUAUAUCAGGAAAGGUACGGACAGAUGAUGAUGCCUAUGAUACACUGCUGGCAGAAAUGCAGGAACACUUUACCAAUGACCAGGUGGUGUCUGUCAUGUCCUAUAAUCCUAGAGUCGGUGAACUGUGUGCAGGUAUACUAAAAAACCAUUGGUACAGAGUGAAAGUAAUCAGUAAACUUAGCGGAGGCAGACAUGGUUAUAUUGUUGCGUGCCGUUUUGUGGAUGAAGGACUAGAAAGUACCAUUCCAAUAUCAGGGUUGAAACACCUACCUCCUAAGUAUUGUGAACUGGCAUUCCAAGUGAAGAAUGUACAUCUGCAUGAUAUUCAACCUUAUUCUAUGAAGAUUUCACCAGAAGAUUUAAGUGUUUACCAAGGACCAAAGAGAUUCUGGGACGAGGCAGCAGUAAAGUAUAUCAGUGACAACAUUGAAGCUGCUACAGAGGUUAGAUGCAGCGUUAUGGAGACAUAUUUAGACGGCACUCUGUCUGUACGAAUGUUCCUUGGAACACGACGUGGCGGACUCAUCUGCUUGAAUGAAUUACUUGUGACAGAAAAUUAUGCCACAUGGACUGAUAGACAAGAAGAAAAGCAAAGCGUCGGCCCCCAGACAGCUGAAAGUCUUACUGCAGAUAUUCAGAGAGUGUUCCGAAAGAGACAAAAUUCAAAUAGACAGAUAACCAAUGAAAUGACACGUAAAUCAGAUACUGAAUAUGCAAGUAGAACAUCUUUUCCUGAUGAGAGAGGGGAUUUUAGCGAUAGAUUAAGUGACUAUCAUGACCGGUUCAGCGAAUAUAACGACCGGUACAGUGAUUAUAAUGAUAAUCAGGGUAUAUCUGCAAUCUCCCAUAGAAGGUUUCAUCGUACACCUAAAAAAACAUUGACUGAUUUGGACCAAGAAAGUGACCUUAAAAGGAUAGGAUUAAGCAAGAGUCGGAAUGGUUUAAACGGUUUCUCCAACACACAUGUGGCUAUUGAUAGCCAGACAGAUGAUUCUGAGAAACAAGUUCAGGUAGGAAAUUCAUAUGUUAAAGACGUGUCAGACAGUGAUGUUACCUCAACAAGACUCCAGCAGCAGAUGCCUUCAUGCAUAAGUCCUGUCAACCAGUCUCAACACAAGUGUCCUAGAACCAUAGACUCGACUGAUUCUCAUCAUAUUCUCCAAACCCAAUCCACAAACUUGACUGGAUCCAGAUCAAAUGUAGACAACCAGUCACAUAUUAGACAAUCUAUUUCUUCAGAUUUGACUGGUUCGCGAUCAAGUUUGAUUAACCAAUUAGAAACAAGACAGACUGUAUCCAGUGAUCAGACUGGUUCUGUAAAUACCAGUAAUGAUCAAAAGAAAACCAGUCCAAAUAAAUUACAAAUGUUUCUGUCAAGUGUGUCUGGUGAAAAUAGCCAAAAGCAGACGACAGAUAGACUGAUGAAUAAUUUGUCAUUGAAAGAAUCAAAACCUGCUGUAAUUGAUAGUGCCAUGGUUACAAAAAGAUUUGAAGACAAUUCUGUACAUACUGCUGCCUUUACCGAGGCCAGAUCUAAAAUGAUUGGUGAGAUGGCAGGAAAAAGAAUUUUAACAAAUCUAACUCAAGGUUCUACAAGAAGUACAACAAGAACAACUUCACAGGAAUCUGGAUUUGUGACAAUGUGUCAUGAAGUUUUGGUACAUGGCAGCCGUCCACCGAGGCCAGUAUAUAAACUGAAGUCUGCUAGAUUCACAGAACAUGUGGAAAUGGCAUUCAGUGCAAGGCGAUAUCCCGAUUUAAAACUUUCUCAGGCGUAUUCCUGGCCAGCGAUUACCCGAGGUCAUCAUGUGAUAACAGUGUCUCCCCCUGGUGGCGGGAAAACAUUAGCAUACUUGUGUCCACUGAUCUCAGCCCUGUCUGAUGCCAAAGUCUACCAUCAGGUUGAUAGGAAUGGAAAAGGGCCAUUUGUGAUAGUGUUGUCAUUUACAUGGAGUCGAGCUAAGAAGGUAUAUUCCGAGGCACGUUCCUUGAUAGGAGGUCGUCAGGACAUGAAGGUGAUCCUCGUUCAUGGUGGGGCACAGUUAGAGGAACAGAAAGCUUGUGAAUUGUUAAAUGGUUGUGAAAUAUUGGUGGCCACUCCCCCAAGUUUGACUAGAAUUCUGGAGGCAGGGUAUACAGACUUGCGUAGAUUAUGUCAUCUGGUAGUUGAUGAUGCUGACCAAACGUUGAAGAAUUUCAACAAAGAUAUUGGCAACUUAAUCAAAACGUACCACCUAGUUAUCAAGAAUGAGAUGAAGAAUUUAGGAUGCCCACGACAGAUCUUAUGUUUUGGAGCACAGUGGAAUCAGGCUACCAAUGAGUUUAUGCUUAACAAUCUGAACGAACCCGUGUUGAUUAUCACAUCUCCGUUUGAGGCGGCAAUUUACGGCCAAGUUAAACAGAUUACACAUAUGUGUAGGAAAGCAGAAAGACUGAAGGAAGUACUGGGUAUACUAGAAAACCUGCCAGAUGACUCAAGUCAUCCAGUCAUCAUUUUUGCCUCAAAUAAACGAGACAUUCUGAUGUUAUAUAAGACAUUGAACACAAGUUCUCGUUUCUGUCUGAUGGUACAUGAAGAUAUGGACACGUUCGAAGUGGAAAAAAUUGCUGACCAGUGGCCUGUACCCCUACUAGUAUGUUGGGAUGAGCAUACAGCUAAACUAGGAAUUACGAAUGCUACAUCUGUAAUCCACUAUGACAUGCCACCGUCCAAGACAAAGUUCAGUAACAGAUUAUGUUGUAUGAGACAAUACUUCCAUGACUUCUCCAAGACAGAACAGUCAACCAUUAAGCCAACUUCACAUAUGAUUAUAACAGAGGAUUGUGAUAGACAGUUAAGAAGUUUAAAUGAUUUACUAGUGAGAUUAGACUGUGAACGACCAGCUGAGCUGAAACAAUUUAUGGCUGGGCUAUUAGAGCAAAGAGAAGAAGAUGAAGAUAGGGAGCUAUGUACACAGACACUGGCUUUUGGAACAUGCAGAGAUACAACACGAUGUAGCUGUAGACACAGGGUUAUUCCAGAAUCUGACAACAUGCCCGAAUCUGACUGGCUGCCAAAUGAAGGCGAAGUCAAGGUGUUAGUGACACAUGUAGUGGAUGCCAGCCAUUUUUAUGUACGUCUGUUGGCAGUAAAGCGUGAUGGGAAAACUGUAUAUGAGGAUCUGUCAUUGAAGUUUACAAAGAUGCAGAUGGAGUUAUCCAUGUGGUACAGUAAUCUUAAACACAAGAAAAGAUAUGCACCAAAUAUUACUGAAGAAUCUGGAUACACUAUAGGCGAGGUGUGUGGGUAUGAGGAAAAUGAAGUGUUUUACAGAGUACAGAUAUUUGAUGUACAUAAAGAAUUAGAACAUGAGGCAGUUCCUGUGAUAAAAGCUUGGGUGAAAUUUGUAGACAGUGGAAGAAUGGAGAAAAUACCUGCUUAUAAGUUGUAUGUGUUACCCAAAGAUCUGCGGAACCUCCCAUUCCAGGCUGUUGAGGUGUUUGUUUGUAAAGUGAGACCUGUUGAUAAAGAUAUUGAAUGGACUAACAAGGCAAAUAUGUUUAUCAGUGAAGCAUUGAUAGGGAAGGAGUUGGUAGGCAGUGUAUUGUUACGUAUAGGCUACAUUCUGUGGCUAGAUCCACUACUGUCACGUAAAUACCUACCUAUAACACAGGCUGUGUCACAUCUGUUCUACGUACAUGAAGAACUUAUCAGAAAUGGCUUUGCAAAUGAAAAUAAAAAUCAUCUACAAAAGUUGUACAAGUUAUGUGAAGGAAAGAUUAAUAUACCUAAAGCUCUGCUCAGGAAAACCAAAAUGAGCGCUAUACUGGACACAGAUGUACUGCCAGCAUGUGCCACAAGAACAAGUCAUGACAUACAUGUAUCUUCCGUCCUCUCUCCUGAUCUCUUCUUUGUCCAGCGUAAAGAAAAACUGGAAGAGCUAGAAGAGUUAAUGACAGAAAUCAAUGAGUUUGUGGACCAGAAUGAUAUUUAUGUUGAUAUAGGGCAGGAACUUACACGCGGCAAAUACUGUCUCGCACAGUACACAAACUUUGAUCAAAGAUGGUAUCGUGGACAAAUCCUUGAGGUUGAGGCCAAUCAGUUCAAGGUAUUCUUCGCUGAUUACGGUGACAGUGACAUUGUACCGAAAGAUAAGGUGCGGGAAUUACCGGUGGAUAAAUUUUAUGAACUACCGCUACAAGCUAUAGAAUGUAAACUGUAUGGUAUCAAACCUGUAGAUGAAGAAUGGUCGGAAACUGUUGGUAAUGUGUUAUGGGACCUGACCCAUUAUGUGAACUUUGACCUUCGUGUACUGAAUGCUGUUGUAAAGGGAAAGGAACCAGCCAGAUACGCAGGACGAAACAAGUUUGUGAUAGAGCUAGGAACAGUGUCAAGGUCAUGUGACCUAAAUAUUGCCCAGGAGUUGUCAUGGCAACAGCUUGCUGUUUUAGAUGAGGGCAGUGAAAUGGAACCACUGUUUCCUAAACCAUCAAGACUGAGGAUGAAGAUGUAUGGUUCCCUGCUUGAGAAAAUACCAGACUUGUGCUGCUCUCUCUACUGGGAAACAAAUGAAGAACUGGCUAAGAAGACCUGUAAGGAAAUAUGCGGAAUUGUUUCAUCAUCAUUGAACAGCACCACAAGUUCUGUUUCUGUUGUAAAGUGUAUUUCAAGUCUGGUAAAGUUACUGGGUCGUAUCAAAUGGGAGACUUGUCAUGGUGAUAUACUACAGUGUAUAUUAUGCUUCGCUCAGCAUAGUGAAAUGGUAUGUGAUGAGUUGAUAGAUGUCAAAUGUGUCCCAUGUAUCAUCAGAUGUCUUGAAAUGAAUUCCAACUGUACAUAUCAACAACAGGCUGCAGAUUUUAUUGCCCAGAUUUCAGAUAUUUCAUCCAGACUGAAGACUUACUUUAUGUUGAAGGAGAACUUACAAGUGUUGUUCGAGCUGUUAACAUCCACAGAGUCUGAACUGGUACAAGGUGCAGCAUGUAGGGGACUUGCAGCUCUCUGUAAAGGGUCAGAAAGGGUAUAUGAGAAUCUAAUGGAGAAGUCAAUUUGUCAGAAAUUGUUGAAAUGUUUGUUGCACACAUCAGAACAUGAUGUAGCUGAAGGUGUUCUUACAUUGAUAGCAACUCUUGCUGAACAUGACAGCGGACAUGAGGACUUGAAGAAAGAAUCUCUGAUAGAAGCUAUAGUGAAGAAUCUCAGUAAAACUGACUGUGAUAAGUGUAUCCAGUAUUCCGUACAGCAGUGUGAUUAUUUCUCUUCAACAAGGAGAAAACAUAAAACAUUCCUGUUAGAACAACAGAUGGUUCCUAUACUUACUAGAAUAUUACAGUUAGAAUUGAAAUCAACAACCAAGCAGUUAUGUAAAGAUCUUCUAACAUCACUGGUCAUCAAAGUUCCAUCAGAACCUUUACGUGGUACAGCAAUCCGGUCUGAUAACCAAACCCUCGUCUCUGAUAGCGUCCCGCCAGAAGUGAAAUGGUCACAGAAUACAUUCCGUGUCAUACUUAAGGUUACAGUUAGUAAUGUAUCGGGAACCCCACGUGACAUCGUAUCAUUUACAGAUCACUCUGUCAAAUUCAGGGCUGUUGUGGAUGGACUAUGUUACGCAUUUAAGUAUAGACUGUUUGACAAUAUAAUAGUUGAGAAGAGUACAGUAGAAGUGGGUUCUAAUGUUGUCGCAAUCUCAAUGAAGAAAUUAAGAGAGGGAAAAUGGAGCAGACUUCUGUUUGACAAAGUGAAGGUAAGUUUAUAUAGAUGUGAUAUUAGUGUCACCUUGACAACUGAUGGUGGAGAUUGA